AAGGAAUGCGCCAAAGGCGUGACUAUAUAAUUCUUCCAUUACUUUCAGUUUCGAUCCUCUCUUUCUUCUAUCUCUCAUCAGCUGACGUAACCUCACUUUUCUCUACACAUCUCUCUUUCUAUACUGAACUUUCUCCAGAACCGUUACCGUGAAGUUCUGUCAAUGGAGUUCAGCUUAGGGUUUCGGAGCGCUGUAUAUUUGUUGUUGCUGCUGCAGGCAACUUUUUCCGUAUUUAUAUCGACUGCAGAAGGGUAUGAUACAAGGAUCCUUUUGAGUUCAAAUGACACAACGGGGCAGAGACACACAAAAGGGUACUGCUCAAUGUACGAUAUUUGUGGAGCUCGAAGUGAUGGGAAAGUCCUAAAUUGUCCUUUUGGUUCCCCAGCAGUUAAGCCAGAUGAUCUACUUUCAUCCAAAAUACAAAGUCUGUGUCCAACAAUCACAGGAAAUGUCUGUUGUACAGCAGCCCAAUUUGACACCCUACGGUCACAAGUACAACAAGCGAUUCCUCUUCUUGUGGGUUGUCCAGCAUGCUUAAGAAAUUUUUUGAAUCUUUUUUGUGAAAUGUCUUGUUCUCCAGAUCAAAGCCUAUUCAUAAAUGUCACUUCUGCAUCUAUGGUGAAUGGCAGUUUGACAGUAGAUGGAAUUGAGUAUUAUAUUACAGAUACAUUUGGGGAAGGGCUGUAUGAAUCAUGUAAGGAUGUUAAAUUUGGAACAAUGAACACUAGAGCAAUGGAUUUCAUUGGUGCUGGAGCAAAAAAUUUUGGGGAAUGGUAUGCUUUUAUUGGGAGGAAAGUUGAACUUUACAUUCCAGGUUCACCUUAUCAAAUGAGUUUCAAGCCUGCAGCACCUGAAUCAUCUGGGAUGAUGCCAAUGAAUGUCUCUGCUUACUCAUGUGGCGAUACUUCGCUGGGCUGUUCUUGUGGUGAUUGUCCUGCAUCUUCUGUCUGCUCCAGUUCAACUCCUCCUUCGCUUCAUAAAGAGGGCUCAUGCUCAGUCAAGAUAGGGUCCCUUCGGGCAACAUGCAUUGAAUUUUCUAUGACUAUCAUCUAUAUAAUAUUAAUAUCUUUAUUUAUUGGAUGGAAUCUGCUUUAUCGGAGAAGAAAACUAAACCCAGCUUCUAGGACAAAACCUUUUAUGAAUGCUGCGAGUGUGGAGGAAUUUCCUACUGUCGGACAGCAAAAAGAUGUCAACCAGCAAAAAGAUGCAACAAUCCGCAUGCAGAUGUUUGAAGACUACCGUCAGACUAGGAAAGGGGUUCAACUGUCACUUGUACAAGAAUAUAUAUCAAAGUUUUACAGGAUGUAUGGAACAUGGGUUGCUAGACAUCCCGCUCUUCUAUUAAGUUUAUCUCUUGCUAUCAUUCUUUUACUAUGCUUGGGCUUAAUACGUUUUGAAGUGGAGACACGUCCGGAGAAGCUAUGGGUAGGACCGGGAAGUAGGGCUGCAAAGGAGAAACAGUUUUUUGACAGCCACCUGGCUCCUUUUUACAGAAUUGAACAGCUUAUAUUAGCAACAAUGCCAGAUGGAGUGAAUGGAAAGCCAUCAACUAUUGUUACUGAGAAUAACAUUAAGUUGCUUUUUGAAAUACAAAAGAAGGUAGAUGGAAUUAGAGCAAAUCAUUCAGGUUCAUUGGUUUCUCUCAGUGAUAUUUGCCUGAAGCCUCUGGGUCAGGAUUGUGCCACUCAAAGUGUAUUACAGUACUUCAAAAUGGAACCAAGCAAUUAUGAUAAAUUUGGAGGUCUGGAACAUGUUCAAUAUUGUUUUCAGCAUUAUACCUCCACAGACACAUGCAUGAGCGCAUUUAAGGCCCCUCUUGAUCCAAGCACAGCUUUGGGUGGGUUUUCAGGAAAUAAUUAUUCUCAGGCUUCUGCUUUUAUUGUAACAUAUCCUGUGAACAAUGGAAUUGAUAGAGAAAGCAAUGAAUCUAAGAAAGCAGUGGCGUGGGAGAAGGCAUUUGUUCAGCUAGCAAAGGAUGAACUGCUGGCAAUGGCGCAAUCUCAGCAUCUAACGCUUGCAUUUUCAUCUGAAAGCUCAAUUGAAGAGGAAUUGAAAAGAGAAAGCAGUGCUGAUGCUAUAACUAUUAUGAUAAGCUACCUCGUGAUGUUUGGUUACAUAUCUUUGACGUUGGGCUAUACACCUCGUCUAACCUCAUUUUACAUUUCUUCCAAGGUAUUGCUGGGCCUUUCAGGAGUAAUUCUUGUGAUGCUCUCCGUUCUUGGAUCAGUUGGGAUUUUUAGUGCAAUGGGAAUAAAGUCCACACUUAUCAUUAUGGAAGUCAUCCCCUUCCUUGUUUUGGCUGUUGGGGUAGAUAACAUGUGUAUUCUGGUACAUGCUGUUAAGCGAAAGCCACUGGACAUGCCUUUAGAAGGACGAAUAAGUGAAGCACUUGUUGAAGUUGGUCCAUCAAUUACUCUAGCCAGUCUCUCUGAGGUUUUGGCUUUUGCAGUUGGAAGUUUCAUCCCUAUGCCAGCAUGCCGUGUGUUUUCCAUGUUUGCUGCACUGGCAGUCCUGUUGGACUUCCUUUUGCAAAUUACAGCUUUUGUGGCAUUGAUUGUUUUCGAUUUUAAGAGAACUGAGAGUAAGAGAAUUGAUUGUUUUCCUUGUAUAAAGAUUUCUGGAUCACAUGCCGACCAAAGUGAAGGAAUGACAGAGCAAAAACUUGGAUUAUUAUCUCGAUAUAUGAAGGAGAUUCAUGCGCCAUUUCUUGGCAUCUGGCUGGUCAAAAUAGCAGUUGUUUCCGCCUUUGCAGGUUUGACUUUGGCUAGCAUUGCCUUGUGUCCAAGGAUUGAACCUGGUUUGGAACAGAAGAUUGUUCUUCCAAAAGAUUCAUACCUUCAGGGUUACUUUGAUAAUGUCACUGAACAUCUGAGGAUUGGGCCACCAGUGUAUUUUGUUUUGAAGAACUACAAUUAUAGUUUGGAGUCAGAGCAAACAGACAAAUUGUGCUCCAUCAGCCAUUGUGAUUCAAACUCACUUUUGAAUGAGAUUGCCAGAGCUUCACUGGUACCAGAAUCGACUUAUAUUGCCAAACCUGCUGCUUCAUGGCUUGAUGACUUUCUUGUAUGGCUGUCCCCAGAGGCUUUUGGAUGCUGCAGGAAGUUCACAAAUGAGAGCUACUGCCCCCCAAAUGAUCAGCCUCCGUGUUGUUCAUCCAGUAAUAGCGCUUGCGGCAUUGGGGGAGUGUGCAAAGAUUGUACUACAUGUUUCCUUCAUUCAGACUUGCAAAACGGUCGUCCAUCAACAGAACAAUUCAAGGAGAAACUUCCUUGGUUCCUUGAUGCUCUACCUUCUUCAGACUGUGCAAAGGGUGGCCACGGGGCUUAUACCAAUACUGUGGAACUAGAAGGAUAUGAAAAUAGUAUCAUUAAAGCAUCAGCCUUCCGAACAUAUCACACGCCAUUAAACAACCAAAUUGAUUUUGUGAACUCAUUGCGGGCUGCAAGAGAGUUCAGUUCCAGGAUUUCUCAUUCUUUGAAGAUGGAGAUUUUCCCUUAUUCAGUGUUUUAUAUGUUUUUUGAACAAUAUCUCGACAUUUGGAGGACGGCGUUGGUAAACCUUGCUAUCGCCAUUGGGGCAGUAUUCGUCGUUUGCUUAAUCAUCUCAUGCAGUUUCUGGAGUUCAUUAAUUAUUUUACUGGUUAUAACAAUGGUUGUUGUGGAUCUUAUGGGCGUAAUGGCAGUUCUGGGUAUCCAACUCAACGCGGUGUCGGUUGUCAACCUUAUCAUGUCCGUAGGCAUUGCGGUUGAGUUUUGUGUUCAUAUUACACAUGCUUUCUCACUGAGUAGUGGAAGCAAAGAUGAACGCAUGAAAGAGGCUUUGAGUACAAUGGGUGCAUCUGUCUUCAGUGGGAUUACACUAACAAAAUUAGUGGGAGUCCUUGUUCUUUGCUUCUCGAGGACAGAAGUAUUUGUGGUUUAUUACUUUCAAAUGUACCUCGCACUCGUUAUUCUAGGUUUCUUGCACGGCCUUGUAUUUUUACCUGUUGUUUUGAGCAUGUGGGGUCCACCUUCAAGAUGUUUGCCGAUGCCAAAGGAAGAUCGGUCAACUGUUUGCUAACCUAUUCAAAAUGGUUAAAUUAUGGUGAAUUUUUUCAUAGAUAGAAUGAAAAUUUAAUUUUCUUUGAGGAUGGCAACUUAUGUAAUCUUUGUGGUUAGACAAUGAAGUAGUAGUUUAUGCAUUCAUUGUACUCUGAACUUGCUAAAAACAGGAAAAACCAAAAUAUUAAAUAUUAAAAAUGGUGUACAGUAAGUUGUAUAUCUUUUUAUUCAAAAU